AUGGAUAUUCAAGAUGUAAGGGAUGCCAAUUUAGAGAGUAAGCACCACAUUGAGGAGUUAAGAGUGGAAUGGAGCAAUGACUUUGGUGCUUCACGAAAUGCAAUGCAUGAAAGGCAUGUUUUGGAGCAGCUACGACCUCGUAGAAAUCUAAAAAAGCUCACAGUUGCAUCUUAUGGUGGAUCAGAAUUCCCAAGUUGGAUGAAGGACCCAUCAUUCCCCAUAAUGACACACUUAAUUCUCAAGGAUGGCAAGAGAUGCAAAUCAUUACCAGCUCUGGGCCAAUUAUCCUCACUCAAAGUAUUGCAUAUUGAAGGGUUGAACGGAGUUAGCAGCAUAGAUGAAGAGUUUUAUGGAGGGAUUGCGAAGCCUUUUCCAUCCUUGGAGUAUCUAAAGUUUGAGGAAAUGGCUGAAUGGGAAUACUGGUUUUGUCCUGAUGCAAUUAACGAAGACUCUCAUGUGUCUCGUGGAGCUGGAAAUGCUGGAAUGCCCCAAACUGAAGUCAUUUCCAGAUACGGGGUUGCCACCAUUGCCAAGACGACUUGUGAGUGGUUGCGAAGGUCUAAAAUUGCUGCCUCAUGA